CUGUGAGGUGGGCACGAUGGAAGGUCCUCUUUUUACUUCCUCGUGUCCUCCACUAUCUACGCUCUUUUAGAUGGUGUUAGAGGGUUUAGUUGAGCUCAGCCGGGUUUACCUCCGCGUACAGGGCGAGCUGCCGCAGCAGCACAGUGGAGAGAGAGGCGACAGAACGAGGAAGUGUGGGACAAUAGAGAGAGAGAGAGACCCACACACAGAAAGAGAGAGAGAGAGUUUGGUGUUUGUGUACGUCACCGUGAGCCGGGAGGAUUCCCGCCCCGCCACGACCUGUGUCGUGUCUUCCACAUACCGACAGUGCUGAUGGCUCUCUCUCCCUCAGCUUCACCACACAGCCUGCACAGCCUGCAGCUGAUCCGGUUUUGGCGUUUGUGUCAGAGGACUGCACAGACAGGCUCUCAGUGACAGAUAAUAAAGUGAAUGACCCCCAGCAGUCACCAUCAUCUGCCAGUGUGAGCUACAUGGGUGAGCCUGACUGAAUCAUGUUUUUUGCAGUGCUCAUGCUGAACGAUUUGCAUACGGACUUCCGCCCCCUCGGUUUCACUUCUGCGUCGAGUGACUGGCUGUGAAGGAGGCUGUCCGGCAGAAGAAGAGCCUCACACGCUCACAGAGGAGCUCACAGACACCGCUGACCCCCUGUCGGUUCACCGAGUUGGUGUGACCGAAAAUAAGACUUCUUUUCUGAUCUCUCUCUCUCUCUCUCUCCCUCUGUGUCUCGGACGCGGCUGGGAUCGAAGGACGGGCUCUGACAGUGUGAUUCCUGGAGGCGGAUCUUCGUUUCUCCUCAUCUCUCCGUGCUGUGCUCGCUAUGCUGAAGGGACUACAGCUGAUGUUUGGCCACUCUGUGUGGAAGAAGUACAGACGCUGUUUUGUCUCGUAGCCCCUCUCUCACUCAGACGGACUGGACUAGGACUAUGGCACUUUAGAGAGGCGCUGCUGUGGAUACGGAACCUGCCCACGUCUUUUUUACAUAUAUAUCUGGAAAGGAUUUGUGUGUCUGUCCCUCUUGGCUGGGAGUGAUGUUGGGGAAUCCUCCUCGUCAGUUUGCACUUUUUGUCGUCGUCUUUGGAAGUUAACUUGGUGAGCAGCAGCUCUCAGGCUAAACCGCUCCGUGCAGCUCGAGUCGUGUGUCCUCCGAUUUGGGAUGGAGUUUAGGUUUUAAAAUGGUCUUUUAAUGUCCCGGACAUUGGAGACAGGUGUCAGAUAGAGCUUAGAUAUAUUUUUGUCGUCAGGACAAAUUACAAAUCCCCGUAGGCCUGCUGUCUCUCUCUUUUUACGCUGACAUAUUGAGUGUUUUUUCUGAACACGGUGCGUUUUGUAACUCUUCUAUGUGGCGUUGCUCUCUGGUGAUUCGCCACACACGCCGGCGUUUCUGUACGGCCACGUUAGCAUUUCGUUUCGCAGACAGCAGCACCAGAAAUUCAACGCUACUCAUAUUUUUUCCCUCUGUGUUUGUCCUCCUCCUCCCCUGCCGUGGGAGGAACUGAAAGCUUUGGCCCACAAUGAGUUACUCUGGGCUGGCUGUGCUGCUGCGCGGCCUCCUCCUGUCUGUCCUGCUGGGAUUGGAGCUGACCACCUCUGGGGCUUUGGCCUCUGCUGCUGUCUCACCAGCCACAGACCCGUGUCUGACAGUGAUUCCUCCCUGCAUGAACGAAGCGGACCGUUUCAGCCUCGAGGCGCUGCGGCACAUUCACAAGCAGCUGGACGAUGACAACGAUGGCGGCAUCGAAGUGAACGAGAGCGUGGAGGAGGACUCUUUGAUGAAGAUGAAGCUGAGUUUUAAUAAACCCAAAGUGUUAUUCAUUAUAGAGGACAUGAAGCAGCAGCAGACGAACAAACACAGCAACCUGCACCGAGAGGACCAGCACAUCACUGUGGAGGAGCUGUGGAAAGGCUGGAAAAUAUCUGAAGUCCAUAACUGGACAAUGGAUGAUGCAGUACAGUGGCUGAAGGAAUCCGUAGAGCUUCCGCAGUAUGAGACAAACUUCAGGGAGUUCAGGGUUGAUGGCAAUACGCUACCUCGAAUUGCAGCUAAUGAACCGUCAUUUAUGUCGUCGCAAUUAAAGAUAUUAGAUCAACGACAUAAACAGAAACUAAAUCUAAAAGCGCUGGAUGCUGUGCUCUUUGGACCGCCACUACGACCGCAGCAUAACUGGCUGAAGGACUUUGUCCUGAUGGUGUCUAUCAUCAUUGGCGUGGGAGGCUGCUGGUUUGCCUACAUGCAGAACAAAUCCUCCAAAGUCCACAUCUCUCAAAUGAUGAAGGACCUGGAGAGUCUUCAGAGUGCUGAACAGAGCCUGAUGGAGCUGCAGAGCAGACUGGAGAAGGCGCAGGAGGAGAACCGCACGGUUGCAGUGGAGAAGCAGAACCUGGAGCAAAAGAUGCGAGAUGAGAUUAGCGGAGCGAAGAGAGAAGCUCACAGACUGCGAGAGCUGCGGGAGGGAGCAGAGUGUGAACUCAGUCGGCUGAAGUACGCAGAGGAGGAACUGGUGCAGGUGCGUAUGGCUUUAAAGCGAGCAGAGAAAGAGUUGCAGUCGGAGUGGUCAGUGCCUGAAGCCUUACAGAUGUGGCUGCAGCUCACGCACGAGGUGGAAGUCCAGUACUACAACAUUAAAAAACAGAACGCUGAGCUACAGCUCACCAUCGCCAAAGAAGAGGCAGAAAAGAUAAAAAAGAAGAGAGGUUCUGUGCUCGGUACUCUCCAUGUAGCUCACAGUUCAUCGCUGGAUGAGGUUGACCAUAAGAUACUUGAAGCCAAAAAGGCCCUGUCGGAGGUGACGGCAUGUCUGCGCGAGCGUCUGCAUCGCUGGCAGCAGAUUGAGAAGCUGUGUGGUUUCCCUGUAGUACAGAACUCAGGCCUGCCCAGCCUGACCGCCUCUCUGUACUCAGACCACAGCUGGGUGGUGAUGCCCCGCGUCUCCCUGCCCCCCUACCCCAUUGCAGGAGGAGUGGAUGACCUGGAUGAGGACACACCACCCAUCGUCACACAGUUCAACUCCACAUUGAUUCGUCCGUCUCUGACACGCAGCAGCAGUCUGUGUCGCUCUCGGCGGAGCCUCCUGUCUCAGCAGCCCUCUCUGCUCUCGCCCGACCCUGACCUGCUCUCCAUGGCCUCUGCACCAGGGGUCUAUAGAUCAGAGGCAGACGAUGAACACAUCUUCUUUACUGUGGACAGAAAAGGAGACUCUCAGGACACAUGUUCAGACUCGGACUCGCUCAGUUCCUCUCUAGGCAGGAAACAGCUCUCCAGCCCCGGCACUGUGGGAGCAGAUACACCACCACGAAAAAUCUCUCGCGAGGAGCUCCUCCUGUUGGCCCAGGAGGCGCAGGCCGUCACCUUGGACAUCUCACCUCCACCCAGCUCCUCCUCCGCCGACUCCAUCUCUGUCCGCAAGGGCUCCCCUGACCUAACUCGCUCCUCCGCUAUCCCCGAAUCCCAGAGUUUGACCUUUCAUCCCGGCACCAAGACAGCAGCCUAUAAUGGCAUGCUGGAGAAGUCUUACAGCCUGGGCCAGUUGCCUGCUGGCGGGACACCCCCAGAGGGACGUUACCCCUCAAUAAGCUCUCUAGACACGAAGGAGAAGGCCAGCAAGCAGGCCAAACCCCUCCACUCCCCCUCCUCUCCGGACUCUGACAACGGUGAGAAGAAGCGCACCAAGAUCAAGAACAUAUUCAAGAAGAGCAAAAAGCUGUGAAGGGAAAGAGAGAAAAAGAGAGAGAGAAAAUAAGGGAAAAAGAAGAGGGAGACAUGAAAAGCCUUAAAACAAAUUUAAACAAUGUAAUGGAUUGUCAACCAGAAGCCAAAAUGUUCUGUCCUGUUCUUUUCUUUUUUUAUUAAAAUGGAAUGUAGCUCCGUCUAGGUGCUAUCCUGGGUUGGAUAUGAUGCCUUUUUUAGUCCACUCAAAGCCUGGCAUGUUAUCAUCAUUCAAAAGUCCUCAUAUUGGUCAUUUUAACAAACAUGGCCAAUUCACUGUUUUGACCUGGGAAGAAAAAUUGUUCACUUCUUGCUACAUUGUGCUUUCAAAGUUGGCUUUCAGAGUGAAGCACCCAAAUAGAUUCUACUUCAGUCAGACUCUUCUUCUUGAAUAUAUGAGAUAUACUGUAAAACAGUAGUUGUCCAAACAUAUAGUACUGUGCAAAAGUUUUGAAAAUGAUAUGCAAAAAGCUGUUUAUCUGGACCGGGAGCGUUUAUUUGCUGAUAAAAGCAUUAAUAGUAGAAUAAGUUCAAAUAAUGUUGUAACAAAUAAAGGUGUUAUGCAUGUCAGUGUGUUUGUUUAACUAUUUCCAAAUCUCUCCUUGUGGUGUCCCAGUAUAAAUCGUAAUCAUCAUCCAAUACCUGGCUUGGCUAAUCAGUCCUUCUUUAUGUUAAAUCAGGUGUGCUACUAAUGGAAUUUAAUAAAUCUGUGUGAUUGCUGGGGCAUCAAGGAGACACCUGGAAUCAAACUAGAUCACAGAAUAAUUGCUUUUUUAAAAACUAAAAAAAAAACGUGUUACUGCAUUCAUUUAUUUUAAAUUUAUGGUAAUGUUAUAUGGUGUUUUUACAAGCAAAAACAGAUUACCUGCUUGGCCUGGGCGAUAGGGGUAUAUAAUCAGAUAUCGUCUAUAAUUGACAUGUAACCCAGUGAAAAUGCUUAUAAGGCCAUAAUUGUGGUGUUAGGAAACUGACAAAGCAUUAAUAAGGACUUUAGGACUUACCUUUAACCAGCUUACUGUAUGGGUGUGUACAGGAGCAUGCCCACAUUGUCUUUUG